CCACUGGUUUUCUCUGUGGUGUGGAGUGGUCCUGGUUCUCUCUGGUCCAUCAUUCAUCACAGUGAUUAGUUUUUAGUUACCAUUUUAUUUUUUCUGUAUAAUAGCACUGCCAUGGCUAUACUUUUGUGGGACCUUUUGCUUUUUAUUGUUAAGAAAUGUGUAGAAUUCAGAUUUCUACUGUCCAGUUUGUGGGGUUCCAUACAAGAUCUGUAAGGAGACAGUGAGAGUAGCUAGUUCUAUUACUUCUAUACUUCUAUACAUCUCAUAUACCUUUCUUUUAACGUUCAUGUGAGUCUACAGUAGUGCAGUAGAUGUCAAAGACUGGGAUUGCCAAUAUUGUAACUUUAGUGUAAGUUUAGGUUUAGGCAUUAGGGUCUUCUAUUACUUCAUUUUGGAGUAUUAUACCUAGUUGAGACUUGAGAGUAAAAUUUGGUGGAAGAGAUUGGAUUAGCAACAUGGUCGGUAAAUAUUGUAUUAGAGGACUGCUGAUACUAUAUUAAGGUAUAAAACAUUAAUAUGUGACUUAAGCUUGAGAUUUGUGCAAAAUUAGCUUCUUUAUAAGUUAAGUAGAAUGUGGUUUUAGCUUUUAUUUUACACCAGGGCUUAGAUUGAGAUUGUACAUCCCUUUUUUAAUAUGUAGAAAAAAGAGAGAAGGCAUUGGAACCUUUUUCUGGGUAUUGCAAUGUGUCACUAACAAUAUACGUGUGAAUUGGGAUGCAAAAUUGGGAUGCUUAUGUUUGUCAUUAUAUGGGGGAGCAGGACAAGUGCUUUGGGAAUAGAUUUCCGGCCGUUGGAUUAGAAUAGUUUGAGUCAUAUAUAUCGGCUCAGAUCUCUAUGAGUCAUUAACCAUAAAAACCAUGUCUUUGAUGGUGUGAUGCAUGAGGGAAUAAAAUCCACCGCUUAGUGUAUACGAAAAACCAUGAUUUAAUGGUGCAUAUGAUCCAAAAUUCCUAAUCAGAUUUUCACUAUGAUGGGUCCCUUUCAGUUCAGAUCUUCGGGUAUUGCAGGGAUUGCUUUUAGGACUACUGUUGUAGUUAGUGGGGUGUCUCAGGGAAUCCAAAGGGAUGAUUAUGAAUUUUUAAUCAUUAUUUACGUUUGGCCAAACAUCAGUUUUCUUAUAGUUCGCGUAGAAUCUCAUUGUAGCUCAAUGAACACAUAAAUUGCAAGAAAAGGCUAACUGAGAAUGUGUUCUUGCAAUUAGGGUACUUAUUCGGAAAAAAGUAAAAGCUAUUACCUAAAUUUUGUUGACUUGAAUAGUAGGCAUGACCAAAAGAAAAACAGAAUAGUAGGCAUGACUUGGACCAUAGGGUUAAGAAGGAGAAUGAUAAGAAAAUAUUAAGAGCAAGAAUCACCAAAUGCAAGGUCAUCCAAAUUCUAAUUUUAUAUAUUUUUAUAAAGAAUAUGUUUAACCUUUGAUUUGGAGGGUGUUGAAUUUAAUAAACAUCAUUAAUGCAUGUGUUAUGAUAACUAAGGUUCCGAGUGUUCUAUAUAUAUAAGUAUUUACACGUCUUUUGUGCUUGUGCUUUGAAUAUCUCUUCCACAUCUUCACUGUCUCUACUGUUCAUCUCUGUUUUCUCGCUCCAUUUCCCGCCUUUAAAUCUGCUUUUGUUAGGCUUUCAAAAGAAAGCAAAUCGAAACUUUUAAAGGUGAAAGAGCAAACAAAAAGAAAUUCCAUCCUCCAGUAAUGCCCUUGGUCUAAGUGUUAAAGCAUAUUGCUUUUUAGCUUUCCUUCUACACCCUCAUCAUAAUGGAUUCAGUGAGUCGAUCAGCUGUAACUCCAUCUAAAAGUAGGCUUGCACGAACUAUUGCAAAAGUUCUUCAUCUUCGCACUGUAACAGGAAUUGCCCCCGUUGAUGGGAUUCAGAAAGGUAACUCCCAAGAAAUUGGAAUUCAGAAGGUUAACUACCAAGAAAUUGGGGUUCAGAAAGGCAAGUCCCAAGAAUUUGCUGUUCAGAAAGCCAAGUCCCAAGAAAUUGGGAUUCAGAAAAUUAAGUCCAAAGAAAAUGGAUAUCAGAAGUUCAAAUCGCAAGAAAUUGGAAUCCAGAAAGUUCAGGAUGAUCGGAAUGCUCCCGCUCCCAAGGUUCGGGUUAGUCUGUCUCAAUCGUUUGAGAAGAACAACGACAAGCUUCAGGAAAGAGCUGCCUUGGAAGCUCUUCUUGCAAAGCUGUUUGCCAGUGUUUCAUCUGUUAAAGCUGCUUAUGCUGAACUACAGUAUGCUCAAACACCUUAUGAUGCUGAAGGAAUUCGUGCCGCUGAUCAUACAGUAGUUAACGAGCUGAAGAACUUGUCCGAGUUGAAGAGGUGUUUCUUAAAAAAGGAGUUUGAUCCUUCGCCAGAGACUACUUUUGUGUUGGCUGAGAUUGAGGAACAGAAGAGUGUUCUCAAAACCUAUGAGAUUAUGGGAAAAAAGUUGGAAUCGCAGGUGAGGCUUAAAGACUCUGAAGUAAUAUUUCUUGGUGAGAAGUUGCAGGAAGCCAAUAAACAGAACAAGUUGCUCGAAAAAAGAGUCUACCAAAGUGGGCAGUUAUAUGUGCCUGAGAAUCUUCAUUUAUCUGGUUUAAGUCCUAGCCAUUUCAUUACAGUUCUUCGACACACAGUCAAGUCCAUUCGGAUCUUUGUUAGGAUGAUGAUGGAUGAAAUGAAGUCUGCUGGGUGGGACAUUCAUUCAGCAGCUAAUUCAAUCGAUGGUGGUGAAGUUGUUUAUUGGAAAGAAGACCACAAAUGUUUUGCAUUUGAACACUUUGUUUGCAGGGAAAUGUUUGAUGCUUUCCAACACCCCAACUUCUCACUUCCAAACGAGCUAUUGCCAGAUAAGAAAAAACAGCAGCAACAGCUCUUUUUCGAGAGAUUCACAGAACUCAAACCUUGGAAGGCGAAGGAGUAUCUCUCUCGAAAUCCUAAAUCAGCAUUUGCCAAAUUCUGCCGCGUCAAGUACUUGCGACUGAUCCAUCCUAAGAUGGAAACAUCAUUUGCUGGCGAUCUGAAUCAAAGAAACCUUGUGAAUGCCGGUGAGUUUCCAAGCACCAAUUUCUUUUCUUUAUUUGCUGACAUGGCAAAACGCGUCUGGCUCCUGCAUUUGUUGGCCUUCUCCUUCAAUCCCGAAGCUGCAAUCUUCCAAGUGAGCAAAGGGUGUCGGUUUUCAGAAGUCUACAUGGAAAGUGUGGUAGAGGAAGCCUUCCUUUCAACGGCAUCAGAACCAGUUGUAGGAUUCACAGUUGUUCCAGGAUUCAGGCUCGGUAAAACUGUCGUUCAAUGCCAAGUUUACCUCACCUCUCAGCUACAGUCCAAUCCAGGUAAACAAAGGUAAUGCCAUUGUUGAUCAUCGGAGGUCAAUUUUGAUUCCUUCGGGUAGUUUUGGGUCCACAGCAUAUUACAGUAAUGAAGAAAUAGCCUUUCUGGUUCCUGAUUGUGUUGUGGGCAACUUCCAGUUCGGUCACCUGGACAUUAUUCUCCAUUUGUUUUUCUUUUUCUGCCCAUUCGAAAAAGGAAAGAGCGUCGACCGCUGUGUUGGAGACUUGGAGGUUUACCUUUGGAAUCAUUUCAUUGUUUAAUUUCUUCCUCCAAGGACAUCCCACAAUUUUGUUAAUAUUAGAUCAGUGCCACUGCGCCAGAAGGGAUUAUCUAGCUGUUUUGCAUCACUGUUUCCAGACGUGGCAUGUUUAAUUAUGUAAAUAACAAUGAUAUAUAUAUAUAUAAGAGGUGCAAUUUAGUUUCU